AUGGGCAAAAGGAAAUCCGGGUUAGAGGUAACAGCACUUACGCCGCCGUUUUACACAUCACCAAUUGGCUCUAACGCGUACAAUAUCCCUGAAGAGUACGAGGCGAUUCUCUUAGAUAUAUACACUCGAUACACGGAAGAAAAGCCCGACAUACACUUGUCAGAUAUAACGAAGUUACUUGUGGAUGAGAUUGGAAUACCUGAAAACUUGGUACCUAAGGGGGACGAGUUAACAUCAUGGUUAAUACCGGGAACGGAUAUUUUGGAUUUUGAGAAGUGGCUCUACAAGGGGUAUUUUUAUUUGUUACUUAGGGAACAUAUCGAUGAGGUUGAUAUGAUUUGGGAAGAUUUAUGGAUCACAUUAGAUCCAAAGAUUAUUGAAAAGGGGGAUUUGCGGUCGAAAAGGCUGUACCUUACACACAUCAAUAAGUUGAUAAGCGUGGGAAAAAUCGAUGCAAAUAGUAUAGGUAUGUUACAGACAGGAGGAGGUGGCAAAGUGUACGUAGAUUUCAUUGAUUUUUUUAAGCUUUUGGGGAGGAUAGGAGCCUUCAGCUAA